CUGGAGGUCAGCGUCCCGCAGGUGCUGCAUCUCCAGUAUGGGAUGUAUGUUUGGCCCUGUGCGGUGGUCCUGGCUCAGUACCUGUGGUCUCACAGAAGAUCCCUGCCAGGCAAGGCUGUCUUAGAGAUUGGAGCUGGAGUGAGCCUUCCAGGAAUUAUGGCCGCAAAAUGCGGUGCUGAAGUGAUCUUGUCGGACAGUUCAGAGCUGCCUUACUGUCUAGAAAUCUGCCGGAAAAGCUGUGAAAUGAAUAACCUGCCACAGGUGCAUGUCAUAGGACUGACAUGGGGCCAUGUAUCUCAGGAUCUUCUGGCUCUACCACCACAAGAUAUUAUUCUUGCAUCUGAUGUGUUCUUUGAACCAGAAGAUUUUGAAGACAUCUUAGCUACAGUCUACUUUUUGAUGCAAAAAAACCCCAAAGUCCAGUUGUGGUCCACUUACCAGGUAAGAAGUGCUGACUGGUCACUUGAAGCUUUGCUCUACAAGUGGGAUAUGAAAUGUGUCCACAUUCCUCUGGAGUCUUUUGAUGCAGACAAAGAAGAUAUAGCAGAAUCUGCCCUCCCAGGAAGACACACUGUUGAAAUGCUGAUCAUCUCCUUUGCAAAGGACAGUCUCUGAAUUACACCUACAUACAGGCUCUUCUGGGACAAUGUCAAUACUAAUUAGCAACCUGGCAUGCCAACUAAGACUCAGACCACUUCAGCUUCUUGGGAGUACAAGCACUGAAUAUGGUCUGAUCUGCUGGCCUUAAAGAUGGUGGUGGGUCACCUAAACACUCCUGGGUUACAAAGCCAUGAAAACAAAAAUUUUUACACCCGUAAAAAA